AUGGCGGACGAGGUGACCAACGCGCCAUCGGAGAAGGGGAAGAUGGAUUCCCAUGGACCGAUGACACAGGUUCAGGCGCAAACUCCUACUAGCUACGAUGUGGAUUAUGAGAAGUAUGGCGCCAGUCGCGAGUCAAAUCCGCUGCCAGAUUUGAAGCGGAGGUUGAAGAGCAGACAUUUACAGAUGAUUGCCAUCGGUGGCACGAUAGGAACAGGUCUGUUCAUUGGAAGUGGCACGGCCAUUGCCAAUGCAGGACCGGUCGGCGCCCUCAUCGCAUAUAUCUUCGUCGGAUCGAUUGUAUACUCCGUCAUGAUGGCUCUCGGCGAGAUUGCUACCUAUAUCCCGAUCCCCGGUUCCUUCACCUCAUAUGCAGCCCGUUUGAUUGAUCCCAGCCUGGGGUUCGCCAUGGGUUGGAUCUAUUGGUUUUCCUGGGCCUCGACGUUUGCAUUGGAAUUAACUGCAACGGGGCUGAUCAUCCAAUUCUGGGACGACAGCAUCCCUAUCGCCAUUUUUAUCGCCAUCUUCUGGGUCUUGAUCAUCAUCUUCAACAUGCUCCCCGUCAGCUUCUACGGUGAAAUGGAAUUCUGGCUUUCGAGUAUUAAGAUCAUCACGGUCAUUGGAUUCAUGAUCUUCGCCAUUUGCAUGAAUGCCGGCGUCGGCGACGAGGGCUACCUCGGAUUUACCUACUGGGUGCACCCCGGUCCGUUCGUGGCCUACAAAAUCAAACAUCACGACUCUGUGGCUAAGUUUGUCGGCUUCUGGUCGGUGCUGAUCCAAGCUGGAUUCUCCUAUCAAGGCACCGAACUAGUUGGUAUCGCCGCGGGCGAGACCGAGAACCCUCGCAAAACCGUUCCCUCGGCUAUUCGCAAGACCUUCUUCCGAAUCAUCUUCUUUUUCAUCCUCACCAUCUUUUUUAUUGGGAUUGUGGUGCCUUCCUAUGAUAAAGGUCUCGUGGCUAGCGAGGGUAGCGGGGCUAAUGCGAAUAACGCCAAUGCUUCGCCGUUUGUGAUUGCAGCCAAGCGUGCCGGGGUGGAGGUUCUGCCCGGGAUCAUCAACGCCGUCCUUCUGACCGUGGUCCUCUCCGCGGCCAACUCCAACGUCUAUAGCGGCAGUCGAAUCUUGAUCGGCCUCGCGCAGGAGGGCUUCGCUCCGCGGUUCUUCAAGAAGACUACCAAGGGAGGCGUGCCGUACUUCAGUGUGGCUUUUACCGCUCUCUUUGGGCUACUGGGGUUCCUCAACGUGUCUAACGCGGGCAGCAAUGUGUUUACCUGGCUACUCCAAAUCUCCGGAGUGGCCGGUUUCAUCACUUGGACGUCGCUGAACGCGUGCCAUCUCGCCUUUCAACGAGCGCUCAAGGCGCGCAACAUCUCCCGCGAUGUACUCCCGUACAAGGCUAUGUGGCAGCCAUGGUUUUCGUGGUACGGGCUGUUCUUCAACAUCUUGAUUAUCAUCACGCAGGGGUUCACCUCGUUUAUCCCGAGCUUCUCGGUCGAAGAUUUCUUCAUCAACUACCUCAGCCUGAUCCUCUUUGUGGUGUUGUAUGUGGGCCACAAGCUGAUCUUCCGUCCUGCGUUUGUCAAGCCACUGGAGGCGGACCUGGACACCGGUCGGACUGACCCUGAAACCGAGUCAUGGGAGACGAAUGAGCCGACCACAUGGUACGGCAAAGUAUGGCGGUGGAUUAGCGGUUGA